UCGCUCUCUCUCCGUUCGCUCCAUUUCUCUCUCUCUGGAGAACUUUAAAGCAAAAAUCUCAAAAAAAUUUCCAAAAAAAUUUAAUAAAUCUUAAAAUUUAUUGACACUGAAGAACAAUCUCUAGCAGUAUUUAAUUUUGGAUUCUCGGAAGUAAUUCUGCUCAGAAUCUUGGUUUUCGUUUCCCAUUUUAUCGGAUUUUUUUUGGUUUUUUCUUUUUUGGGUGGGAGAUAACUGAAAUGGCGACGGCGGCUGUUGCAGCGGCUCCAGUGGCGGCAGUUCCGGCGGGGGUUUACGGGAAUGCAUCGCUAUACGUGGGGGAUCUGGACCCGAGCGUGGAUGAGGGACAAUUAUACGAUCUGUUUGGACAGGUGGCUCAGGUGUUGUCCAUUAGGGUUUGCAGGGAUCAGAACAAGAGAUCCUCGCUCGGUUACGCUUAUGUCAAUUAUGGAAAUCCUCAAGACGCUGCUACUGCCAGGGAACUUCUGAACUUCACUCUUAUCAAUGGAAAACCUAUCAGGAUCAUGUUCUCUCACCGGGAUCCCAGUGUUCGGAAGAGUGGAUAUGCCAAUGUUUUUAUCAAGAACCUUGAUACCACGAUUGACAACAAGGCAUUGCAUGACACUUUUGCUAUUUUUGGGACUGUAGUCUCUUGCAAGGUGGCCACUGAUAGCAAUGGCCAAUCUAGAGGGUUUGGCUUUGUACAGUUUGAAAGUGAGGAAGCUGCACAAACUGCAAUUAAGCAGUUAAAUGGUAUGCUGAUAAAUGAUAAACAAGUUUACGUUGGACAACAUGUUCGACGACAUGAGAGGGUGCAGUCAAAUGUUUCACUGAAGUUCACUAAUGUUUAUGUUAAGAAUUUGUCUGAAACAACUACUGAUGAGGACCUUAAGAAAGUUUUUGGAACUUGUGGUGCAAUCACCAGUGCAGUUGUUAUGAAGGACCAAAAUGGGAGGUCCAGAUGUUUUGGUUUUGUGAACUUUGAGAGUCCAGAUGCUGCUGUUGCUGCUGUUGAGAUGUUGAAUGGGACCACAAAUGAUGACACGGUGUGGUAUGUUGGAAGGGCUCAAAGGAAAGCAGAAAGGGAAGCAGAGUUAAAAGCCAAAUUUGAACAGGAAAGGAUCAGCAGAUUUGAAAAACUACAAGGUGCUAAUUUGUAUAUAAAAAAUCUUGAUGACAGCAUAAAUGAUGAAAAAUUGAAGGAGUUAUUCUCUCCUUUUGGAACUAUUACAUCAUGCAAGGUUAUGCUUGACCAGCAAGGGAUUAGUAAGGGCACCGGUUUUGUUGCAUUUUCUACUCCUGAGGAUGCCACAAAAGCUUUGCAUGAAAUGAAUGGAAAGAUUAUGGGAAAAAAACCUCUGUAUGUUGCUGUGGCUCAACGCAAAGAGGAAAGGAAGGCUCAGCUGCAGGCACAUUUUUCUCAACUCCGUGCACGUGGGCCAAUAUCACCAUUGGCUUCAGGAAUUCCUGGAUUCCAUCCUACAGCUCCUAGGCUUGGUCUUCAGCAGCUCUAUUUUGGCCAUAGUACUCCAGGUUUGAUACCACACCAGCCUGCAGGGUAUGGAUUCCAGCAGCAGCUGUUGCCUGGCAUGCGUCCUGGUGUGCCAAAUUUUAUUGUGCCAUACAACGCUCAACGACAAGUACAUCCAGGACAGAGGAUGGGUGUUCGUCGUGGAGGAAACCCCCAACAGAUGCAGCAGCAACAGAUGCUGCACCGUAAUACCAACCAAGGGUUUAGAUAUACGGCCAGUGGAAGAAAUGGCAUGGACCCAGCUAUGGUUUCCCAAGGCCUGAUGGGACCUAUUAUGCCUGUCCCAUUUGAAGUAUCAGCAAUGCCUGCCGCACCGAUUGAUGUCCAUCGACCUGGAUCACUCCUUUCAACACUUACAACUGCUUUAGCUUCUGCUUCCCCUGAGAAUCGUACUAUGAUGCUGGGUGAGCAGCUUUUCCCACUGGUGCAGCGUCUUGAACCACAGCAUGUGGCAAAGGUGACUGGGAUGCUGCUGGAAAUGGACCAAAAUGAGGUGCUCCAUCUGUUGGAGUCUCCAGAUGCUCUUAAGGAGAAAGUGGCCGAGGCAAUGACUGUCCUUCAAGAAAAUGCUGUGACAGUACCUGAUGUUAGCAAUGAUUUGGGCUCAUUGUCACUGAAUGAAUAAACUGCUCCUGAUUCUUAUCGGUAAACAUAUAUAAUAUAGGAUUCAAUUUUGUUCUUUUGAAAUCAAUUCUUUUGGGGAUUUUUCCUAAACUGAUAUUUAGGAUAUGUUUGGUUUUAAAGACCUUUUUAAGUAUUUAGAAUUGUUGUCAAUCUUUCUAUAUCUGUAGACCACAUCAUUCCUAUGGACAUAUAAUAUUGGAUUUGAUUUGAGACUCAAUCUUUCAUUCUGUUUGUGGAAUGGUGAUGAUUGUAUUCAUGUUUUUAUAUGCUCUGUAUAUGAUGCAUAUCUGCAAGCUCUAAGCUCUGCCCAUCUUAAGAAUCUCAUGUCAUCAUCUAAACAAGCUUGUUGCUUUCACUUUUAGCUAGAUAUUGCAUGAUUUGCAU